GUUCUUUUCAAUGACACGAAACUUGCACAAAGUCAGAGUGCUUUUAUAGGGCCCUUCAGCCAAGCCAUCGAAAGACGGGAAGUAUGUUCGGACAUAAGAGAUCUUCACUUGGAGCCUUGGCUGUCUUGGCUGUUCUUAAAACCCCUGUCAAUAGUUAUAGACGUCUGCCUCGGCUUCUGGGAACGAAAAGAGUAAUCGUUAUCUCCUCUUAUCUUAUCGCCAUACCGUACUGUAGAUAUAACGACCACCAGAAAAAUGCGACAAACAUAACUUACCCUGAACAACAUUUCACAUGUAAUAAUACUUCCAAACAGAGCUUCCAAUGUAAUAGUAAACACUAAGGGAGAAUUUUAAUAGCUCUUUUCAUAUUGGAUAUUAGUUAUUUGGGAUAGAAAACGCGG